AUGCACAACUUUACAGUUGAUGGAAUUCAUUUAGAGAAUGAAAUUGAUGACGGGAAUUCAAAUAUAUACACGUCCGUGCAUUAUUUAUUGGCUAAUAAAGUAUUAGUUACUGAAUGUCUCUAUGAUGCAGUGAAGGAUACACAUUUCGUUUCUUUGAGAGAAAAACAAAACUCAACAUCUUGUCCUCAGCGAAAAUCCGAAGAAGUGAAGUGAACAUAUUGUAAGUAUGAAUUGAUGGAAUACACUCUGAACUGUUUUUGCUUACUCCUUGUCAUCCUUGGUAUUACUAUUCUGUUUUCCAACAUAACACUCACAAUCAGUUUUAUUACAACUGUUAGGCAUGUUAGCUUAGCAUUCAAUGGCUUUUUGUCAAUUCUUCAUCAUAAGUUCCACUAAUUACCACUGUUUUUAUAUGCAGUUAGAAAGUGUGAACGGACUGCAUUAAGUUCACAAAAGAUUUGAAGUUCCGUUUAUUCAUAUUUACAAAACAGAUAGUAUUAAAGUCAAGUAGUAUAUGCAUGUGACAGCUAGCGUCAUGAAAACAGUGUGGCUUUCCAUAAAGAGAAGAGUAGAAAGAUACAGCUGAUGAAACGGCUGGAAUGAACUACGGUUACGUACCUCCUCAUAGUGAGGGAAGUAUUCAAAAGAAAUUGGUCAAGGACUUAUUGUAGAUGCAAGCGAGGUUUCUCUUCAAAACUGUUUGAAAUAUUUCAACACUUUAAUUAUUUAUUCUCUCCAAUGACUCCACACAUUAGUUUAGUAGAAUGACCUUGCGUAUACUGAGG